CAGCUCCCGGGUGGUGCGGGCCUGCUUCCAGGCCGCCGGCCGGCCCGCGGCAGCGCAUCCCGCCCGCCCUCCUCGCCGCGUCCCCUCUCCCCGUCACCCCCCGCGCUGUCGUGUCUCCGGCCCCGCGCCACACACGAGAUGGCGGCAGCGCCCGCCCGUGGCACAUCUCGCGAGCGCGCGGUGCCGCCGCCAGCGUCACAUCCGGCUGCUGCCCCGCUGCCCAGCGGCAGAAGCCAGCGCGGCUCGGCUCGGCCAAGCCCGGCGCGGCCCGGUUUCACUCGGCUCGGGCACCAUGGCCGCGCCGGGAGCAGCGGCGGGCGGCGGCAGGAGCGGCGCCGCCACCGGCUCCGCCGCCGACUGGGGCGGCUUCGAGGACAACAUGCAGGGUGGCGGCUCCGCCGUCAUCGACAUGGAGAACAUGGACGACACGUCGGGCUCCAGUUUCGAGGACAUGGGGGAGAUGCACCAGCGCAUGAAGGAGGAGGAGGAGGAGGAGGCGGAGGGCGAGGCAGGGGCCGCCGAGGAGGAGGACGGGGAGUUCUUGGGCAUGAAGGGGCUGCGGGGGCAGCUGGGGCGGCAGGUGGCUGACCAGAUGUGGCAGGCGGGGAAGAGGCAAGCCUCCCGGGCCUUCAGUCUCUACGCCAACAUCGACAUCCUCCGGCCCUACUUCGACGUGGAGCCCGUCCAAGUGCGAGCCAGGCUGCUGGAGUCUAUGAUUCCUGUGAAGAUGAUUAAUUUCCCACAGAAGAUUGCAGGUGAGCUGUACGGACCCCUCAUGCUGGUUUUCACACUGGUGGCCAUCCUCUUGCAUGGCAUGAAGACCUCGGACACCAUCAUUAGGGAAGGCACACUGAUGGGCACAGCCAUCGGCACCUGCUUCGGCUACUGGUUGGGCGUCUCCUCCUUCAUCUAUUUCCUGGCUUAUCUGUGCAAUGCCCAAAUCACAAUGGUGCAGAUGCUGUCGCUGUUGGGCUACGGUCUAUUCGGACACUGCAUCACUCUCUUUGUCACCUAUAAUAUCCACUUCCACUCCCUCUUCUAUAUCUUCUGGUUGGGUGUUGGUGGACUUUCUACACUACGAAUGGUUGCCGUGCUGGUGUCGCGCACUGUGGGGCAUACCCAGCGGCUCAUCCUGUGUGGCACCCUUGCUGCUCUGCAUAUGCUUUUUCUCCUCUAUCUGCACUUUGCUUACCACAAAGUGGUAGAAGGCAUCCUGGACACGUUGGAAGGACCCAACAUGCCGCCCUUUCAGAGAGUUGCCCGAGACAUUCCAGUUGUUUCCAAUACUGUAUUGAACACAACAGCCAAAGCCGUUGCAUUGACCCUGUAGUUUCACAGACUUGGACUUGCUUCCUUAGUACUUCUUUGGGGCUGCAUAGGGCCAUAAUAACCUGCUGCCUCUUAGGAACAGGACAGAACAGCAGGAAGGAGACUUGGUGGUGUUUUCCUGGACCUGUCUUUUGGGCUGCAGUUGUGGGCAGCUGAGUGGACUGCACCUCGGUGACUCAGAAGAACUGUGCUCUUCUUCCACCCAGGUCUGGGCUGCCUCGAGUAGAGUGGUUCUGUUGCCUGCAUGUUUCACUGGGGUUUCCCAGCGCAGUUUGUCCUUUACCCCACUUUCUGCUUGCUGAUGUAACCCCUGGGGUAUCUGCCCUGUUCCUGUCCUGAAGAGGGAAGAAUUAAAUUGAUGUUGGUGCUGAA